GCUAAGGUUGACGGGGCCUGGCCUAUGAAGAAGAGCCGGGGGGCUCUCCCGCUGCCCAUUGGCCGGGGGCGGGCAGGCGGUGGACGGAAGCCGCGAGGCGCGGGCGGCGGCGGCAUGGAGGCGGCGGCGGAACCUGGAAACCUGGCCGGCGUCAGGCACAUCGUCCUGGUCCUCUCCGGGAAGGGGGGUGUCGGGAAAAGCACCGUCACAGCGGAGCUGGCCCUGGCCCUGCACCACGCGGGCAGGAAGGUGGGCGUCCUGGACGUGGACCUGUGCGGCCCCAGCGUCCCCCGCAUGCUCGGCGCUCAGGGCCGGGCCGUGCACCAGUGCGAUGGCGGCUGGGUGCCCGUCUUCCUGGACCGCGAGCGCGGCCUCUGCCUGAUGUCAGUGGGCUUCCUGCUGGAGAGCCCCGACGAGGCCGUGGUGUGGAGGGGCCCCAAAAAGAACGCGCUGAUAAAGCAGUUUGUGUCCGAUGUGGCCUGGGGUGAGCUGGACUUCCUGCUGGUGGACACGCCACCGGGCACCUCCGAUGAGCACCUCUCAGCCGUGGAGGCCCUGCGCCCCCACCGGCCCCUGGGGGCCCUGGUGGUGACCACGCCCCAGGCCGUGUCCGUGGGCGACGUGCGGCGUGAGCUCACCUUCUGCCGGAAGACGGGGCUGCGGGUGCUUGGGAUCGUGGAGAACAUGAGCGGCUUCAUCUGCCCGCACUGCGCGGAGUGCAGCAGCGUCUUCUCCUCGGGAGGCGGGAAGGAGCUCGCCCAGCAGGCUGGUGUCCCCUUCCUAGGCUCCAUCCCCCUGGACCCUCAGCUCACCAGGAGCCUGGAGGAGGGCGGAGACUUCAUCCGGGACUUCCCGAACAGCCCUGCGUUCCCUGCGCUCACGUCCAUUGCCCAGCAGAUCCUGGAGAGCCACGCGCUGGGCUCUCCUGAUGGGAGCGGCCCCCCUGGGCCCCACACCGUCUGACCCUCCCUGCCGCGUGGGCCUGUGCUCGCGAGAAAGAAUGCCGAGGGGACGGAGGUCCCAGCUGCCGUCCCCGGGGCCUCCACAGCUGCCCAGACUGUCCCAGUGGGCAGAGGGCCAAGCAGGGUGCUGGCCAUGCCCAGGCCUGCCCCGUGACGUGGCCCUGACGAGGCGCCGUGGGCCAUGGGGAGCUCCGUGACCACCCUGCCCGAGGCACAGGGGGCCUGGCUGUGCCAACCGUGCAUCCCACAUGCUCAGAUGGCUCUGUGCGUCGCUCAGGGCCAGCACUGCCGCCCACCACAGGCCUCCACUGUCCACCACUGACCCCCGAUGACCACCCAUGACCCCCAAUCACCCCUGCCAUUAAACAGACCCCACCCCACAGUGGGGAAUGUGUCUGAGUGUUCUAGA